GUGUUUCUGUUUUGUGUUGUAGCAUUUGUUCUGGAAGCUCGUAUUUACAUUUUAAGUGUAUCUGGUGAGUGGGCUGGAGCCCUCGUCUGGGCCGGGAGGAAAAAAAAAAAAAAAAAAGCCCUUCGGUUCGUCUUUUAGUUGCUCCUUUUCCUUUUUCUCUCCGGUUUCUCAUCACUCCAACCAGCGCGACCAUGCCCAGGAAGAAGGCGGCGGCGGCGGCCUGGGAGGAGCCGAGCUCGGGCAACGGCACGGCCCGCGCCGGGCCCAGGAAGCGCGGCGGCCCGGCCGGCAGGAAGCGCGAGCGGCCCGAGCGCUGCAGCAGCAGCAGCGGCGGCGGCAGCAGCGGCGACGAGGACGGCCUGGAGCUCGACGGGGCCCCCGGCGGGGGCAAGCGCGCGGCGCGGCCGGCGGCCCCCAAGGCGGGCGGCGCGGCCGUGGUCAUCACCGAGCCCGAGCACACCAAGGAGCGCGUGAAACUUGAAGGGUCUAAGUGCAAAGGGCAGCUUUUGAUUUUUGGGGCCACCAACUGGGACUUGAUUGGUCGGAAAGAAGUGCCUAAGCAACAAGCUGCUUACCGCAACCUCGGUCAGAACUUGUGGGGGCCCCACAGAUACGGGUGCCUAUCGGGGGUCCGGGUGCGGACGGUGGUGUCUGGUUCGUGUGCUGCCCACAGCCUCCUCAUCACCACAGAAGGGAAGCUGUGGAGCUGGGGUCGAAAUGAGAAGGGGCAGCUGGGACAUGGCGACACCAAGAGGGUUGAAGCCCCCAGACUCAUUGAGGGUCUCAGCCACGAAGUGAUUGUGUCUGCGGCCUGUGGGCGGAACCACACCCUGGCCUUGACAGAAACGGGCUCCGUGUUUGCGUUUGGAGAGAACAAGAUGGGGCAGCUGGGCCUCGGCAACCAGACGGACGCGGUCCCGAGCCCCGCACAGAUAAUGUACAACGGCCAGCCAAUUACCAAAAUGGCCUGUGGGGCUGAAUUCAGUAUGAUAAUGGACUGCAAGGGGAACCUGUAUUCCUUCGGGUGCCCUGAAUACGGGCAGCUGGGGCACAACUCGGACGGGAAGUUCAUUGCCCGGGCGCAGCGGAUAGAGUACGACUGCGAGCUGGUGCCCCGGCGCGUGGCCAUCUUCAUCGAGAAGACGAAAGAUGGGCAGAUCCUGCCCGUCCCAAACGUGGUCGUCCGAGACGUGGCCUGCGGCGCCAACCACACGCUGGUGCUGGACUCCCAGAAGCGCGUCUUCUCCUGGGGCUUCGGUGGCUACGGCCGGCUGGGCCACGCCGAGCAGAAGGACGAGAUGGUACCCCGCCUGGUGAAGCUGUUCGACUUUCCUGGGCGUGGGGCAUCCCAGAUCUACGCCGGCUACACCUGCUCCUUUGCAGUCAGCGAAGUGGGUGGUCUGUUUUUCUGGGGGGCCACGAACACAUCUCGUGAAUCUACCAUGUACCCGAAGGCCGUGCAGGACCUCUGUGGCUGGAGAAUCCGGAGCCUGGCUUGUGGGAAGAGCAGCAUCCUCGUGGCUGCGGACGAGAGCACCAUCAGCUGGGGCCCGUCACCGACCUUCGGGGAGCUGGGCUAUGGGGACCACAAGCCCAAGUCUUCCACGGCAGCUCAAGAGGUGAAGACGCUGGACGGCGUUUUCACGGAGCAGGUCGCCAUGGGCUACUCGCACUCCUUGGUGAUAGCGAGAGACGAAAGCGAGACCGAGAAGGAGAAGAUCAAGAAACUGCCAGAGUAUAACCCGCGGACCCUCUGAUUCUCCGCAUCUCCUCCAACUCACCCUCGCGGCAGCUGUCAUUCCGUGUGCACUGGGACGGGAGGUCGAAGGAGGAAGCGGGAAGAGCGGAAGCUGAUCGAAGGUGCAUUUGCGUUAGCCUCCCUGAGGUUCCGUUUCAUCAGUGAUCCAACGUCAACUACCUUUUCUGUAUGCUUUCCAAAGUGUUUUUUUUUCUCUUAAUGUUUAAUUAAAGUAUUUGCUCAUAGUUGACUUACCAUUCCUACAAAAGAGGCAGAAACUUUGAGCAAUGUAGGUUUUUUAAGUUGUUUUUUUCCCCUUUUUCUCAAAACCCCCCUUUCCAGUUAUACUUAUUAGCAUUGUGAUCCGAGUGGGUGCUGCCUGGAGAGGAGUCACCAUUUACUCAGAAAAAACGUCCUUUCUGGGACCGGCAGCAUCCAGGCAGAUGGUCCCUGGUGGUCGGUCUCUAUCCAGAAUCGUGCGUGUGCUGUGGGAGCGUCUGGGUCACUUCCCACCCGCUUUUCUUGUCGCCUGACUGAGGCUGGUGUGUGUGCUGAUUCUCCCCUGGCUCCUCGGCAGCCCCCGCCGCCUUCCGGCUGCGGCAUUAAUGGAAUCUACGGUUCCCCCCUGGUGGGGGCUCCGGGGUCUGUGUUUAGCCAUUUGUAUUUACUUUAGCUGUAAAAGAAGUCCAAAUGGAAAUCAGGUGAUCGUGGAAUCAGUGGGGAUUCGGGGUGGCAGACGUGGGGACAGUGCAUCUGGUUCAGGACCUGGCUUUAAGGCUCCUGCCAUGAGCCAGGCCCACCUUGCCAGCACUCGCCAUUAGAGAUUGGUCAGCCAGCAGUAAGAAGUGCAUCUUGGAGUCCUUGCAAGGAAGGGCCAGCCCCCGGGGACCUGCCUCUGUCGCCUGUGCUUAUCUUUGCUCCCCCACCGGCUGGGUCCUCCCGGAAGGGCCCGGUCUAUCCUGGACGCGGCCUCCUGUUCUGCUCACGCAGCUCUCUAGUCACGUUUGCUUGGCUGUGGUACCAAAUAGGAGGGGUUCCUGAAGAAGUCCCCCUUGCCCAAGUGUCGGCGCGGAUGCCGCGAUGUCGCCCCGGUCCCCGCCGAGCUCGCCGCUGGCAUGGCGCUGCCCUGCGUGAGUUACGAGGUGCCUUUCCCGGAACCCUCCUCUCACUUGGACCCAAAAGAGGCGACAGCUCUGGCUGGGGCUCUUGGUUUUGAGAGGGUCUGGACUGGUUUGGGUGCUUUAAAAUAGAUCUUUUAGUUCAGUGGUGCUUAUGGGGGAGACGGGGAUAGAAUUCAGUGUGAGACUUGGGUGGAUGGGAAAGUUAAAUACUGGUCUUUUUUAUUUUUAUUCUUUUGCUUUGCUAUUGUUACCACUUGUCAUUGUCUCGAUGUUAAAAUGCCAAAAAUGAUCUA